AUGUGUCUGCGUCUCUUUCCUUUCUUUCCCUAUUCAAUUAAACUCUCUGUCACUGUGCCCUCUUCAUCAAAUCAAAUCGAGAUUCGUGCAGUUCCAAUUAACCUUGACAAUUACAUAAACCCCCCACUCCCUCCUCCUCCACAUCCCCAUGUCCUUCCUCGAGGAUCUUUGGCUCUUCCUCGCUCCUCCAGAUUUCCGACACAAACUCUCCGAGUCGCUGUCACAGUCAAUGGCCACCUCCUCCGCCUGUGACUCCGCCGCGUCCGACGCCUGCCGAGACGACGCCGCCGCGCUCAACCUCAAGUUCGUCGCCAUCGCCUCCAUUCUCCUCGCCGGAGUCGCCGGAAUUGCGAUUCCUCUGGUCGGGAAGAACCGGAGGUUCCUGCGCACGGACGGGAGCCUCUUCGUCGGAGCAAAGGCCUUCGCCGCCGGGGUUAUUCUGGCGACGGGGUUCGUGCACAUGCUCUCCGGCGGGUCGGACGCUCUGAACAGCCCGUGCCUGCCGGAGUUUCCCUGGUCAAAGUUCCCGUUCUCUGGAUUCUUCGCCAUGAUGGCAUCGCUUGCCACCUUACUCGUUGACUUCGUCGGCACGCAGUACUAUGAGCGCAAGCAGGGCCUGGCCCGGCCCAGCGAGGCCCAAGUACGAGUGGACUCGGACGACCCGGGUCUGGAGUCGGGUCUCCAUAAGGAAGGGAGCGGGUCGAUGGUUUUUGGGGAGGAAGACGGCGGUGGGAUGCACAUUGUGGGAAUGCGCGCCCACGCGGCGCACCAUGGUCACAGCCACGCUCAGGAUGCAUGCGACGGCCACGUGGCGGUUCUGGAUCCGGGUCAUGAUCACGGGAACGGGCACGCCCAUGGGCAUGGUCAUUCUCACGGCUUCGGUGAUGAUGACGAGGAUGAUGGUGUUCGGCACGUCGUCGUUUCACAGAUUUUGGAGCUUGGGAUUGUAUCACAUUCUGUGAUCAUUGGGUUGUCAUUAGGAGUGUCACAGAGCCCAUGCACCAUAAGGCCCUUAGUUGCAGCACUGUCCUUCCAUCAGUUCUUUGAAGGUUUUGCACUUGGAGGCUGCAUCUCACAAGCUCAAUUCAGGAACCGAUCAGCGGCGAUAAUGGCUUGUUUCUUCGCCAUAACAACUCCAUUAGGUAUCGGCGUUGGGAUUGGAAUUUCUUCAUCCUACAACCCAAACAGUCCAGGAGCUCUGGUCACUGAAGGCAUCUUGGAUUCCAUGUCUGCCGGUAUUCUGGUCUACAUGGCCUUGGUGGAUCUGAUUGCUGCUGACUUUCUGAGCAAGAGGAUGAGCUGUAAUUUUCGGCUUCAACUUGUGUCAUACUGCUUGCUAUUUCUUGGAGCUGGGAUGAUGUCUUCACUUGCAAUUUGGGCUUAGGUUGCUUCUAGCUAAUGUUCUUUGUAGGGUGUAUAAGCUUCUCAGUGAUGCAAGUGAGAAUUCUAUUCUUUCGGCUCUGUUCUUCCUAAUAGGGAAGUGAAGUGAGCAAGUGAGGGACUAGAUGUUGUAGAAUAGUAGGUAUCCAUCGCGUGUAGUGCAAUCAUCAUGUAUAGUAUAUUGUGAAAUCUUCACCAAGCUCAUUCAUAGUUUGGUUUUGAGUAUCUACAAAACUACAAUACCUUGCGUACUA